CAGCAGAGGACGGCAACAGCGGAUUACCCCUCUUUGUCUGUGUAGGUUGCGCGAGUUAUCUUUUCCUUACACACUGCGUUCCUAGACUGGCCAAGUAACUCUUGAUUUCUUGAAAGAUGCUGCCAACAGUUCCAGACAACAUCAUGGCUGCCGUCGUGGCCGGGUCGCUGGUCAAGCUAACAUCGAUGGUCAUCGUUGGCUGCAGCCAUAGGAAGAUGUUUCAGAAGGUAGGGACAGUAGACAGCCUGUACAUGUACCCUGUGAAGUCCUGCGGGGCAGUCAGCCUGUCGCAGGCACAGUGUACGCCUGUAGGUCUGUCAUCGUUUGGCGUGUCGGACAGACAGUGGAUGAUCCUGGACGAGGCUGGCCGGGUGGUCACCAUGAAAGAGGAGCCGAGACUGACCCUGGUCACGUGUCACAGUGAGGGCAAUGACCUAGUGCUCCGGGCUCCAGGUCUUGAUGACCUUCACCUCGACAAGAGACCUGACCUGCAGGCGCCAACACUGCUGCAGUACAGGCGGUGCAAGGAGAAGAUAACUGUGGUCUACUGCGGGCAGGGGGCGGAGCAGUGGAUCUCAAGCUACCUGCGGCGUCCUGCCACGCUGGUUUUCUCCUGCCCAGAGCUGGGUGUGAGGGACGUCUACAGGAGGUCAAGGCACUGGCCCAACACUGCCAGGGACGGGGAUGUUACAAUCUUCGCCUACCUGACCUCCUACCUUCUCACGACAACAAAGUCAUUGGACCAUGUCAAUAGCCAGGUGUCAGGUCACGUGUCUAGCGUCAACUUCCGGCCGAACAUCGUCAUCAACAACAGCGAGCCAUUCGAUGAGGACAACUGGGCAGCCGUUAAAAUUGGUCACGUGACUUUAUUCCAUGCCGUGGAGCCGUGCCGUAGGUGUUUGAUAACAACCAUUGAACCCACUACAGCUGAAUUCAGUGAAGACAGACAGCCGCUAGCUUUACUAAAGACGUUCCGGUGCCGCCAGCCGUACGGUGCUGCCCCAAUAUUUGGCCUCUACGUCUCGCUAGAUGUCGCUGGCUCCAUACAAGUCGGAGAUCCGGUCUACGUCUUGAGGAAAGAAUCUUGAAUAAAAUCUCCAGUCUUGUAGUUAGUCUUGUA